AUGAAAAAACGAGCCGUUACCUUGCCAGCCUGGCGACUCCACUUGAAAACCGUUGUCCAAAGGCAGAUCAUCAGUCGAGAGCUGUGGGCCCGUGUAAUUCCCUCCAGAAGCCCACAUGCUUUCCUCCCCGGUGAAGAAAUCGACAGGGGAAUAAUCUGUCUCGGAAAUAUUCUUAAAUGUAGGGGCUUUCGAAAAGCAUCGGGCACCCAAGAAUUGAUGUUGGCUCGUGAAAUUCCACCCAUUGAGAUGAGUUUUCAUAGGCCUGUUGUUUCAUAUGUUCCAACAUCUCCUGCUUCUUUGAUCCCAGAAAAUUUUUCUGCUGAGCUGGCGAGCGCUUUAACCCCGAGACAAAAUUUCCCGCUCCGAAUCCAGCUCGAAUUAUCGGUGAAGCUCACGUCACCAAUAUAUCCGACCCCAUUAUGCAACGACACCGCCAGCUCGCCAGUCAGCAGCGGCCUUCGACCUUCUCUGUUCUUCACCAAUUUGCGGUCAAAUUCCUCAGCCGUCCAAUCUUCACGAUCAACGGCUCCGAAAUCUCCAUCGAGGACAACUAAAGUUGCCUUGAGAGACGAGUGGGGACCACACGAUAUUACUUCUUUGGUGGUUGAGUCACAAAGGGCAACUUUGAUUUGA